GAUCACAAUGGGGAAAGGCUGCAUGAAGGCAAUCAAGUACUUCCUGUUCCUCUUCAAUGUCCUCUUCUUCCUGUUUGGCGCCCUCAUCAUGGGGUUCGGACUGUGGGUCCUUCUGGACAAGGAGAGCUUCAUGGUCAUCCUGCAAGAGUCCUCCACAGUGCUGAAGAUAGCUUCCUACAUCCUGAUAGGUGUCGGUGGUCUCUCCAUGUUGAUGGGCUUCCUGGGUUGCCUGGGGGCUAUCUAUGAGAUCCGCUGUCUGCUGGGCCUGUACUUCACCUGCCUGCUGCUGAUUCUGAUUGGUCAGGUGGCAGCCGGUGUACUCAUCUACUUCCAGAAGGACCUGCUAAAUAAGGAGAUGUCCAACAUCGUGACCCAGAUCCUGAGCAACUACCCUGGGAAGAACAGCACCACCGAGCAGGCCUGGGAUUACAUACAGAGGACGAUGGAGUGUUGUGGAUGGAGUGGUCAUAUGGACUGGCAUGGUAAUGCUGUCGUAGUGAACAGUUCCCAGCUGCUGUUCCCGUGUUCCUGUCAGAACGUGUCUCUGGUUGAGGGUAACUCCCCCUCCGACAGUGGUUUCUGUGAGGCACAGUCACUUGAUUGGCCCGUCUACAACAGGGGCUGUAACUCCAGUGUAGAGAGCUGGCUGUUUGCCAACGUUGGAGUGAUCCUGGGUGUCUGCCUGGGAGUGGCUGUCAUCGAGCUCCUGGGUAUGAUCCUGUCCAUAGGGCUGUGUAAGAGCAUACACACUGAGGAUUACACCAAAGUGCCAAAGUACUGAAGAUGAUGACUGGGGACGCUAUGACACACACACACACACACACACACACACACACACACACACACACACACACACACACGUACGGUGCAGAUGUUUAUUUGAUUUCAUUUUUUUUGUUUAAUUUCUUUUUUGUUUGUAUUUUUUGGGGGGGAGGCACAUGUCUUUUCUCUCAGUCCAGUUUCCAUCUGAGCACUUUAGAGACUGUAGUUAUGGAUUAGAGAGGAAGACGAGAGCAGACCGGGUCACAGAGACAAACAGGAAAGAGAGAUGUGAAGAAAGUGAGGACAGGAAGCGUGAAGAGAGGACAGAGAAGACGAGGAUGUAGAAAGAGAUGGAGGGUCGUCUCCUACCCUCGGCAGAUGCAGUCUACCACAUCCUUGACUUCUGGGGAAAGAUCCAUUUUAUCAUCAGGAAUCAAUCAUGAUCGGCAUUGUUUGUCAGCUCUCAUAGGGUCCAAUCCUAACUUCAGAUAUGCAUGGGUAACUUUCACGUUUUGAAAAUGUAAAAAUGUGAGAUUUUCAAUUGGAGAAUUUAAUGAGGAGAUUUGUGAAAAUGUGAGUUACGUUCACCGAUCUCAAGUUCGGUUAACGGUUGUUAUUGAGUUGACCUGACUAGAAGAGGAAGAGUUCGGGUUAUUGGACUCCUGGAAAAUAAACAACGUUUCUGUUUUUAUUUUCUGUUCUUCAGUGUUUUGAGGAGUUAUGCAUUUUGUUUGUUAUAGUACCUUGUAUAUAAUUUAGUUUGGUAUUUCGUGAGCCUCUGAAUCUGCGUUUUUUUUGUUGUGAAGAUGGUUUUUUUUUCAUUGCACAGGGGAUAUUAUUUGCUGCCCUACGUUUUCUGAGCUAGAUAUAUAUAUAUGUAAAUCUGUUCUAUGGUAUUCCCACGCGUAACAGAGGGAUAUAUGUGACUGUAUGCAAAUCUAAACCAGCUUUGAAAUUAUUAAGUUUAAGAUAAAUAUUAUAUCUUUUUGCUCUUCUUGAGGUCAAUUUUCAGUCUACAAAUGAUUUGUGUUCCGGCUCCUUGACCAUCCGCUCAAGAAACAAAUCAUCCCUCUGCUGAAUCUAGUGAAUGACUGCUUUUAACGGGGCUGCGCUCUUAAUUAUCCCCCUCCCACAGUGGCAAAGAAAGUCUCAGUUUACAAGGAUCUUUUGAUGACAAACAGAAUACUUUUGUUAUGAAUUUUAUGUUGAUUGUGGCAUCUUUUCGGGUUGUGAGUUACUCUGAACCUUUUCAUCUUUUUUUUGUGAUGACGGCUUUCACGUAAAUAUCUCAUUUUCCUUCAGAAGACAAACAUACGUGUUUCGUUAAGAAAUGAACCAUUUUGUUUUAACCCUGAUCAACAAAAAAAAUUGUUACGUGACCUUUUUCUGUGAGUGAAGAGCAAAUUUAAAUAACAGAAGCUGGGUUCUGUUUUUUGUUUUGUUUUUUUCAAGAGGAAAAACGUCCGUUUUGUUCUUGAGAAAAGAUCCAUUUUGGACCAGAAAUUCUUUAUGUACAGUAAGUCAUUCAGAAUUAAAUUCAUGUAUAUUUUUUAAACUUUGAAUUAAGGUUUUUGUUUUAUAUUUAGGCUUUUCUUCUUUUGUUUUGUUGUCUGAUUUGAUAACCUUUGACCUUGGAGUUUUUUUUUUUUUUUUUAGUGGUAGGACUAUUAAUUCAGAACUUGAUGAACUUCUGUCUACUAGCUUGAUCAGUCGACGUAUACUCACCCCAUUGACUCUGUUUUGAUUUGGUCAAUAAACAUUGAAUAAAACUGA